AUGAAAAGGAAAACAUUGAAGAAAUUGUCUAAAUCUAAAAGUAAAAAGGAUAUAAAAGAAAAUCCAUGCAGUUCAGAUGAUUCUUCACCUAAGGAGAAACCCAUUUUAGCCUUGCCAGCCCUGGAGGAAGAGAGUAAGGAACCAGUAAUUAUACCACGAAAUGUUAUUUUGCCAAGCCGAGACCCAGAAAUACCUUCUCAGCAUGUAAAAGAAAUGCAAGACUUGUCUCAUCGAGCUCUAGAAGGAUUCCAAGAUAUUGAUGAAUAUGAUUAUACUUCAAUUGAAAUUUUAAAUAAUGUCCAAAAUCAUUUAGAAGGUUCCCAUCAUAUAUAUUCUUUGUAUAAACUCAAUCCAGAAGAAUGCAUUUACAAUUCUUUAAAGCUUUCUAAAAUUGGAACAGAUAACAAGCCUAUAAAAUUCGAAAAAUUUUUAAAAUUUGAUUAUUAUUGCCGAUAUUUUGACCCAAAUAUCAAAAUAUUUCACGUACCUUUCAUUCCCACUGAUGGGUGGAAUGGGUACAUUAAGAUCAAGCUUAGAUUUGAAGAUAAAAAUAGCGAUAAUUUCAAAGAAAAUUGGGAAAUUAAUGAGCAAGCCAGAUGAAUCAAUUCAAAGUUCAAUCAUUGCUUUAUAUUUGGUCUGGAAAUAGUAUCUAAGAGCUUUAGGCUGUCAACUGUAACCCCAGACGGGGAAUCUGUAACUGAUCCAUUCCAAGAGCUGUCAAUUUAUACAGAUUUUUUACUCAAUCAAGAUUUAGUGGAAGCCAUUCCCAUGCUUAUUGAGCAAUUUCUAGCCAAAUAUGAAAACGCUUUUACUGAGUUUCCAAAAAAUGCAAAUGAUUUCUUUAGAAUAAUUGAAGAAUUCAUGUUUAGAAGCCCUUCCUUGUCUAUUGAGCAUUUUCGCCUUCUUCUAUCUUUAAUUUCAUGCAUUCCCCAUUCUCUAAUGCAAUACACCAAAGUCGAUUUCAGUCAAUUUUUAAUUUUAUUAGAAAACACUGACAAAUUACAAGAUUUGGAAUCCAGUACUUAUUCAUUAGAAGGCUUAGUCCAUUUAAUGGUAUAUACCCUAAUGGAAAAAAGGGAAAAUUGAUGCAAUAUCCUUAAUUGUGAUUUAAAUAGCAAUUUGAAGUUCAGAAUUUUAGAUCACUUUUUAAAGGAUUUAAGGAUGUUAAAAAUUAAAUUAAGACAAGAAGAUAAGAGAUUUAUACUUGAAAAUAUCAGCAUUUUUAAAUGGGUAGAGUGGAUAAUACUUUUUAAAAAUUUAGCCAUCGAUAACUUAAAUUGCAGUGAGUUCCUUUUUAUUUUGCAAAAUUUGAUGUUAGAAGCAAAUGAUAGCUUGCCUCAAAAUGAGCUUAAAGAGCUUGGGGAUUGCUUUAGUUCACUAAUUAAUGAAUAUUUCCAAGGCUAUAUUUUAAAAAUGAAUGAUGUCAUUGAAUUUUUUGAAGUAGUUUAUAAGCUUGAUAAACGCUUCACGUGCUUACUGUAUAGCGAAUCAAUAAAAAGUAUUAUAUGAAGUAUUUUAAAUCAAGAUACUGAAAAAAUGGAAUUUAGGCUGAAAUGUUGCCAAUUGAUUUUUACAACUUAUUAUGACAGUUUCUUUUCUGAUGAUAUUUAUGCAGCUAGGCUUUCCGAUAGGCUUAUGAAGGAUUUCAAUAUCCCAUUCUACCAAAUUUGCAACAUUUUUAGCCUCAGAGAUCCUUUUUUCAAGCUUUUUGAGAAAUGGGUAGAUGAAAUUAUCAGUAAAAAUCGAAGCAUCAAAAGCAUUAUCUCUUAUUUUAAUAAAGAAAUGAGUCAAAUAAUGGACAAUAAGAAUUUAGAUAAAAUGUACUGGAAUUUUGCUGAAAAGCUGCUAUUAUUAUGCAAAAAACAAAAAACUCAGUUUUUGGACUGCUCACAAUAUUUUGAAGAGUCUGGAAAUGAUUCAUUGAGGUCAGCUUAUAUUGAAGUAGAAUUAAGGGAUGAAAACGAAAAAUUAGCUGGAGAAGAAAUGUCAGAUAGCCAAAAGAAAUGCAGAGUGCUUGAAUUGUUUUUUAAAUUCAAACCAACCAAUAAAAUUAUUGAAGUACUUGUAGAAAAACAACUUUCUAUUAUGAAAUAUGAGGACUCAGAGUGGUUUAAUUUAUUUUCAAAGCCUGAUAAGCAAAUUGCUUGGAUUUCAAUAAUUUCCUCCUAUGAAAAUUAUAAAGAAUUUGAGUAUGCACAGUCUCUUAUUAAUUCAUUAUCAGAGGUAGGAGAUAGGCUAGCCCAGGGAAAUAUUCCUUUAUACGAAAUUGAUAUUAUUGGUAAGCAGUCUGAUAAUCAAAAAUCAAUUAUGAUCAAUUUAUUGCAAGGCUCAGAAAGAAUUUUAAGAAAAGAAGAAAAAGAUUAUUCUCGCAUCAUUAAAAAUAUUAUUGUUAAAAGAAAUAUAAUAGAAAAAGGCUUCGAAGCUUUUGGGAUAUUUGUCAACCAUUUUCAAGAUAUCAUGCAAGAUUAUGAGGAUAUUGAAGAAAUAUGCAAAGAAUUUAAGAAGAAUUACCUGAGCAUCAAAUUGGCUAAUUUCAUAUUCCCAGAGAAAAUGGAAACAAUAAUAGAGAUUUCAAGAGAAUUAGGGUCAGCAAUCAACUCUUAUAUUUUCAAUAAUUAUUAUCUUGCCAAAUGCAAGCGAUUGCUAUCUUCGUCACUGUCUAAAUUGGAUAUUUCUACUAUAAAUUCCAAUUGCAGAAUUUCAUAUAAGAAAAUGAAGGAAAACCUGAGCAAUUUAUUCAGCCAUCCAGCUGAUUAUCCAAUGAAAAAAAUUAUCAAAAUGUUUUCUAAUAUAAAAAAGAUUGACAAAGAGAUUCGCAUUCUUAUUACGAUAGAAAAGUCCAAUGAAGAAAAUACUUCAACUCUUACUCAAUGCUUGAAAAACUAUCAGCAGCAUGAAAAUUUAAUAAAUGCAUGCAAUGGAAUGAUUGAUCUUAAAGAAAUUACAGGAGAAGGAGAUCUUCAUGUUCUAGAAUUAUGUUCAGAAUAUAUUGAAUUUUCCUAUAUUCUUAAACAUUCCACAAUUGGAGAAUUUUUAAGAAACUCAGCAAGAAUUAACAGCCUUUUUAAAGAUUUAUCAGGCCCUCAAAAAAAAGCUCUGAUAGAAACACUUCAAGCAAUAGAAAAAUCAAAAGACCUAGUUCUAUUUUUGCGAGAUUUAAGCUUAGAAAUGGUCCAAAAUAUGAAAGGAAAUGUAAAUGAAUAUGAAAUUGAGUUUGUGAGCACUGAAACUGUUUUAUAUUUAGAAAAUCUAUGGUAUUGUAUUCAAGAUAUCAGAAAAUCUUCCUCAAAUUUCUUUGAUUUAUGUAAACUUUUUGAGUCGGACAGAGAUGAUGGAAAACAGUUCAGACUAAUCCCUCAACAGCUUCUUAUAUGUGCCCCACAGCUUUGUGCUAUCACAGAAUUGCAUACUGAUAUAAAUUGCAAAGAAGAAGCCAAAAAGAAGCAGAUUUCAGAAAUUACAAAAAAUUCAACUUUUACUAUUAAAUUUGAAAAUGAUGAAUAUGGCAUUGAAUUAACUUAUCCUGAGAUUAUGAGACCAUACUUUUCAAUCGCAGACAUCAAUGAGCUUAAAUGUAGAGCACAAUUGAUGAUACACACCUCACAUCAAUCUUUUGACAAGCAAAAAGAUCACUUAAAGUAUUUUCCUAUUUUUGUGGAUUAUGCAAAUUCUAUAAAUAAUAUAAUCACUUGCAUGAAUGAAUUAUAUCAAAAUGGUUACCCUGUGCUCGAAGACAAGCUUAGAGUCUCAUUUAGCUGCAAUGAUGGAAAUUAUGAAAAUGUGAGCCAACUUGAAGAGGAAAUUUCUGAUUUAUAUAAAGUGUGGGAAAUUGAUUUAAGCCAUUCGUAUCUUAAACAUUUUUGUCUUACAUUUUUGAAUGGAAAACAAUUUUGGACUAUUGAAAAUUAUAUUUUAAACCCAAAUUGUGAUUCAAGAAUUGAAGCACAGAAUAUCCUAAAAUUUAUGGGCAAAAGUAUUGCAAUUUCUGCUUAUAGAGAACUUAUUACAGAUGGAACUCCAGGCGAAAGAUUGGAAAAUCUAGGCAAAGUAUUGGAUAAUACUCCUAAUUCUGAUAAGCAGUCGUUUGUUCUUGACCAAUCCGCCAAAUCUCCAACUUACCAAGGUGAAAUCAUCCUUCUUGACACUACUAAAUACCUCAACGGUAUUUUUUCUAUCUAUAAAUAUUAUAUGGGAUCUUUUCCAAAUGCUUCCCAAAUUUUAUUUUGCAAAAGCUCUACACACUGAAGAGAGUUAAAGUCCUUCUUAUACAGAUACUUCAAAGACCCUUGCUAUAAUAUUUAUUCACUAAUAAACUGCGAAAAUCUUUCCCAAGACAACCAAGCCAAAUUCAAAGCUCUUUUUGACGAAUUAUAUACCCUAGAACACAUAAAAUCAGGUCUCGCAAUAAUCACAGCCAACUCUAAAUGCUAUUUAUUGCAGUAUUUUAAAGAUUUAACUGUCCCAAAAGUAAACAGGUUCAGCACCAAUCAGUUCUUAAACGAUGAGGUAAUAAAUGAAUUUAUCACUGCAAUUGACCCUAAUACUCGAGUGAUAACUUCAUCAUGUGCGGGGCUUGGGAAGACAAAGAAUCUAAAAUAUCAAGCUUCCAAUGAUCUCAUUAAUUUAAUUACCUUCCCAAUCGGCGGGGAUAUUAAUUAUGCAGAAGUUUGCAAAAUGCUUUCGAAACUCAAUAUCACUUAUGAAAGAACUAUUUUGCAUUUAAAUAUCAGCUAUACAAGCAACCCAUCAUUAUUAAACGAAAUUUUAAUCAAUAUUUGCCUUUUAAGGACUUUAAGUGCAUCUGAAAAUAUUUUUGUUUUAGACAGAGAAUAUCCCAUUUGGAUUGAAAUAGCAAAUACAUAUGGAAAUAGUCUUUUUAGAUCUGUAGAAUAUUUAAGCUUUGUUACUCCUCGGCAUCUUGAUAGAUUUAAUAUAAACCAUCUAAUCGUCGAUGAGUCGAUGCAAAUUGUGGGGAAAUAUUUAAAAGUUUAUGAGAAUAAAACAAUCGAUGAUGAGGAUGAUGUAGAAAUAAUCGAUGAUUUGACAAAAGGAGAUAUGAUAGAUUUAAUACAAAAACACUUUAUUACGCUUCAAGUUGGCAUAGAGCAGAUAACUUAUACGCAAUUGCAUAUUUUUAUGUCAAUAUUAAAUAGACUACUAAUAAACUUCAAAAGAAGUCCAUUUUCGCCUGAAAUGAUUAAAAAAUUUAAAAGAGAUUUAGAAAAAAAUUCACUUGGAGACGUUGCCAAAGAGUACUCAAAUAUGCGAACAAUGAUUCUUGAUUGCCUUUUAAACUCAACUAAGGAAUUCACCACUAAAUAUCUAACAAAUGUUAGAGAAAUACAAGAAAGAUCUUCAGAACAAAUUUCUAGGAAUCAAAUUGAUGAAACCAAUGAAAUCUCUUCCUUGAUCACAAAAUAUCAAAAUAAUAUCAAAUGAGAGUCUUCUAACCAUUUCCAUCUUAUUUUACUAGAAGAUGGGUCUUUUAUACCUAUCUAUCGAAAUCCAGUUCAUGUCCCAAAAAAUUUCAAAAAAUUGAUUUUUUUACAAAGUAGAUACAAUCUUAGUGGCAAAAAGCUGGCUAAAAUUAUAAAAUUAGGGAAAUAUGAUAUUGAAGACUACUCAAAGAUGACCCAUGUUCAGCUACUUAAUAAGUUGAAUACAUAUAACAAGACUGUAGAGCUCGAUAAAGAGUAUGCAGAAGAUGAAUAUGUUAUGACUCCUGACAAUUUCUUGAAAAUGAAUCUUAUUUAUCUUAGAGUCCAGUCAGGUCUUCCAGUCAUCAUUAUGGGCGAAACUGGGUGCGGAAAAACAUCUUUAAUACAGUUUCUAGUUCAAAAAGUAUUAGGAAAGCCGAAGAGAAAAAGACUCACACAAGACUGUUUAUAUAAUCCUAUAAUAAAUGAGGAAAUCAAAGGGGAAGAAGCUGAGCAUGAAAAGUCUCAAUUUGCAAAAAUCAAUAUUCAUGCAGGAACAACAUCUAAGGACAUAAGAGAAAAAAUGGCAGAGUUAAUAGCCAGAGCUGAAAGCAUUGAGGAGAAAUUAUGGGUAUUUUUUGACGAAUUCAAUACAACUGACUCUAUCGGCAUGAUUUGUGAAAUUAUGUGCGAAAGAACCCUUGAUGGGAACCCACUGCCUUCAAAUCUGGCUUUUCUUGGAGCAUGCAACCCAUAUAGAGUUUCUUCUAAAAAAGGUAUGCAGCAAAAUAUUGGCAUACAGAAAUCAAGGAGAAGCCAAAAUGAAGACAAACUUGUUCAUAUAGUAAAGCCUCUCCCUGAAACAAUGAUAGAUUAUGUAUGGGACUUUGGCACUCUCACACACGAAGAUGCAAGAGUUUAUAUAUGGACUAUGCUAAACCAAAUUCAAUCGCUCUAUAAAGAGCUAUUCGUUGAUAUAAUAUGUGUAGCACAUAAGCAUUUUCAAGAAACAGAGGACGUCAGCAGUGUUAGCUUAAGGGAUGUUUCAAGGUUUAUUGAUUUGUUUUUAUGGUUCAGAGAGUCAAUCUGUGAUCGAAAAAGAGAAUUGAUUAGGAAAUUCCCAAAAAUGGAAAAAUAUUAUAGUAAUGAUAACUUCCCUCUCCAUAAGCAAACAAAACUAUAGUAAAAUCCCCUAUUUAUCGGCCAAAACCCUUAAUGCAUUUUAUUGAAAAAAUUUUAUUAUAUAAAUGAUAAUGAUAUAAUGAAAUCUCUAACUAAAUCUGUUUAAUUUUAAUCAAAUCAUUAAUUUUAAUUUUUACGAAUUGGGAUUUUUUUAAAAAAUUUACUAGAAAAUUUAUAUAUAUUUUUUUUCGUAAGCGAAAAAAUUUUUUGUCUGCUCAGGGGACUAAGGAAAUUGAGAUAUCAGCUGGAAUUCUUGCAUUUGCUCAUUGCUACUAUCUGAGAAUUGCAUCUGAUGAUGAUCGACAAUCUUUUUUACACAAAAUUUCUGAUUCUCUUUGUAAGCCUGAUUUGAUAAACGUACAAAAAAUUACUGAAAUAAUCGAAACAGAGCAAAAUGAUUAUAUAUCAAGGAUGGAUUUACCUAAGGGCACAGCUUUGAAUAAUGCUUUAAGAGAAAAUAUUUUUACUAUUAUCCCAUGCGUUGUUAAUAAAAUACCUGUUUUUAUAUGUGGGAAGCCAGGAAGCAGCAAAUCGUUAUCAGUGCAAUUAAUAUUUGCUAAUCUCAGAGGUAAAAAAUCAAAUGAUCCUUAUUUUAGAACUUUGCCAGAGCUUGCAAUGGUUCAUUUUCAAGGCUCUGAAACUUGCAAAUCUGAAGGAAUCAUAGAAGUGUUUGAAAAAGCAGGAAGAUAUCCAAAAGUAGGGCAUGAGGUGCUUCCUGUAAUUGUGUUUGAUGAAAUAGGCUUACUCUUUUUUAAAUUGGAUCUAAAUAUCGGUAAAUUUUCCAAUUUUGGGUCUCGUUUAAAUUUGAAAAAAUUCACUUUAAUAUUAAAUUUUAUAGGUAAAUACUAAUUUUUAUAUAAAAAGUUUUGGCCUAAUUUAAAGGGGGGAUUUAGCUGAACUAUCGAAGCACAACCCUUUGAAGGUGCUUCAUAGUUAUCUUGAAAAAGAAAACAUUAAUAUUGGAUUUAUCGGAAUAUCUAAUUGGCGGCUAGACGCUUCUAAAAUGAACAGAGCUUUGUAUUUAGCCAGACCGGACCCUGAUGAAAAAGAUUUAAAGUUUACUGCACUAAUUUUCCCUCGAUAAGCAAGCAAAAUUAUUAAAAGAUUUCUAUUUCUUGGCUCUCUGUGAGCGAGCAAAAUAUUUUUUUUAAUAUAAAAAUGUUUUGGUGUUUAAGUUAUAAUUAUUAAAAUAAAAUCUCUACCUAAUUCUGCCAAAUUUUAACAGCUUGAAUUUUAAAAGCAUUGAUUUUACAAAUUAAACUAAUUUUUGCUGUCCCAAUUUUUGCGAAUUCGAUUUUUUAAAUUUUGAUAAAAAAAUUAACCUCUCUGAGGGAGUAAGCAUUUAUCAUUCAUAUACUGAUAAUGAAAUUUAUGUGCCUGUAAUCAUAAAUCUUGCUAAGUCAUAUAUGGGCUUAAAACAGCAAAUCCAAGAAACAAUAAAUGCAAAUUUUUAUGGCUUGAGAGACUUUUAUCAUUUAAUUAAGAAUGUUUCAGAAAAAUUUGCAAAGCAAAGCCCAAGCACCAGUGAAGAUAUUCUCAAAUAUGUGAAAAUCGCUAUUGAAAGAAACUUUGGAGGCACACGCUAUGGUACAUCUAUUAUGUGCACUUUAUUUAAUGAAUACUACAAGAUAAAUUUGCCAGAAUUAAAUACAAGAACCCUUGACUUAAUAAAGGAUAAUUUAGAAGAUCCUAAUGCAAGAUAUUUGAUGCUCAUUGGCAAGCCUGACAUAGCUACUUUUAUUCUGGAUAAAUACUUGGACCAGCAUAAUGAUAGGAGAAUAAUUAUAGGAAGCAACCUUGCGAAUGAUGUAAGCCAAGAUAAUUAUGGCUUUGAGUGCUUAAAUGAUAUUAUAAUUUAUAUGGAACUAGGGAUAUCUAUCAUUUUGAAAGACAUGAACCAUAUUUAUAGCUCGCUUUAUGAUUUAUUUAAUCAAAGCUUUGCAAUCCAAGGAGUAGAAAACUGUGAGCGAAAAUAUUGUAAAAUUUCACUUGGGGCUAAUUUUAAUCCCAGUUGCUACGUGCAUCCAAAAUUCCAUGCCAUUACGCUGAUAAGCCCAGAUGAUGUUGAAAAGGCAGAUGCUCCUUUCCUCAAUAGGUUUGAAAAGCAUUAUUUAUCAAUCGAUACGCUUCUUAAUAAAAAGCAAACAAAUUUAUUAGAAAAGCUUGAAGAUUGGAUUAAUUCAUUUUUUAUGAUCAAUGAGCAAGAAAUAGUAAGUUUCACCAAAAAUCAUCUAUUUCCUAUUUACAACAGAGAAACCUUGGCACUACUUAUACUUUUCAAUAGCCAAGGAAAAAAGAAAGAAACUUUAGAAAAAUGCAAAAAUAUUCUGCUAGAAAUUGCCCCUUCUGAUAUUUUGAUAUUACUAGAAUUAAUUUCAAUAGAUCCAGAUCUUAAAGAAAAUAUAAAAAAUGCCUGGAAAGAAUUGCAUUGUAUUAACUUCCAAGAUACCAUAAAGUCAAUGAUAGAAGAUGCAAGCGAAUUUGAUAAAUUGAUUGCGUUUACUUACGACAAAAGAAUUUCAGGAAAAUUUUUUAAUACAAAUGACGAUGAAAAAAUUGUGAUAAAGGAAAUGAUUAGUUUCAACUCAAAGCAGGAUCUUACUAAAGAAUUAAAUGCAUUUUACCAAAAUAAGGACCAAAAGGUAUUCAUUUUAGAGGUUGAUUUUGGAGAAGAGUGCAACCAUCUACCACUUGUGAAAUUUUUGAUUGAUAAAUUAAAUUCAGAAAAUUCUAAAUCAAAUAAGAAAUUCUGUAUAUUGAUUCGUAUAAGGAGAAAUAUAAAAUACAACUCAAAUAUUAUGCUGUUUGAAUCAUGGAAAAUGAAAAUGUUUGAUCGUUUAUAUCCUGAUUCAUUUGAAGCUACAGAUGAAAUAAUCUCAAAAAAUACAAAAUCAUUAAUUCUUGCCGAUAAUAUUUUUAAUUUUGAGAAGAAAAUAGAACUUUUGGCAGAGAAAUGUGUGCUUUCGUUUAAAAUUGAGAUCACUGCAGAAAAUGAAGACAAAUUUAGCAGCUAUCUUAAUGAUUUAAUUAAGACUAUUGGGAGUGAUCCUGAAAUUUCUAGCUAUUUUAAGGAAAAAAUAUGGAAAUAUCUGCAAAUAAUAAAUAUAAAGAAAGAUUGGAAAGAAGAGAUCUUUUUAAACUCUAAGAUUAUUGAUGACUCUGCGAACCUGCAUGAGGCCAUUUCAGAGGUUCUUGGAAUGGAAAUAGAAAGCGCUCUACAGCUGAUUAUUUAUGUCCUCGAGGAAAAAAGUGCUCUUUUAAGCUACGUUCAGCCUUUUGGCAGUUAUUACGCCCAAUUUAAUAAUUUUAGAAAACAGAUCUGGCUUGAUAUUUUUAAGAGCUUGACAGUAGACAAUAAUAUUGGACUGCAAAGAUUAAACCAAGGAAAUCUGCUAAAAUACGAAUAUGAACUUUAUUUUCCAUUUUCAAGAAUGGACUACAAAGUUGUUAAAGAUGCUUUUAACUUAUAUAAAAUUUCUGAAAUGAAUAAAAACCCUAUUCAAACUUCCUUUGAGAAAUUUGAUGAAAAAUAUAAUAAAAAAUCUAUAUAUAAAAAAGCCAUAGAUUUCAAUGGAGAACAUUUCCUGCUUCAAGAUCUGUAUUUCAAUGACCUCGUCUCCAUUUAUCUUAAAGAAAAUUUGUUGAGUUUAGACCAUAAAAAAAUGAUUUUAAUUUUGCUUAAUAUAGUUUUCCAUGAUGAUGAAUUAUUUGAGGAAAAAUUAAUUUCAUUCAUGCAAAUCGCAGAGCUUGGCGUUUUAUUAUGCAAUGCAAUUGAUGUUCUACCAGAGUUAACUGUGAGCGUGACUCCCGUUUUGGAAAAUAUUUUAAUUGAUAUAGACUCGUUUGAGGCUGGUAAAGAUGAAAACCAAAAAAUUUGGAAAACUGCUCUAAAUUCAGUCUAUAAGAUGCUGAUAGGCAACAUGCAGCCUCAUUUAUUCAAUUCCCACGAAUUCAAUGUUUUGGAAUAUUCAAACAAAGCGGAAAAAAUGUAUUAUUUACUUACUGAAAUAGAAUUAAAGGAGCGUGCUUCUAUUGAUAGUCUCGACUUUCUUGAAUUUUGGGUGUUAUUUAGCAAAUUAAUUGCAAAAAAUAAUGGAAAAUGGGAAAUUCUGUUAAAUCUUUCUUUUCAAGCACCAGAGAUAAAUAUAGAAAGAACUUCAGAGAUAUUCACAGAUGAGUUUGCAAAUACAGUUUUUAGAAUUGUUGAAAACAGAUAUAGAAACUCAUCAGAGUAUUAUAAAUUCAUGGGCUCUUUUCUUAAGCUUUUGGUAAACCACAAACCACACUAUAUAGCAAAUAUCGCUGAAGAACUUGAAAAUGAAGAAUUUUGGCAAUACUCUACAAAGAUUAUGAAUAUAAUUACAAGUAGAUCAAAAAUUAAAAAUUCUAUAGAAAAACUAAAAAAGAAUAUAUUAGAUGAUACAAAUGCUGAUUUUGAGCUAAUUAGCAACAAUUAUUUAGAAGAAAUAGAGAGAGCUUUAUCCAACCAAAGAAUUUGUAGCAAAUUCGGUAUAAUUUUAAGUGAUAACUUGGAAACAUUGGUAAAAGAUAGAGAUCAAGAUGAUCAAGAAGAUGAAUAUUAUAGGAGAAAGCUCUGCGAGGAGGAAAAGAUUUUUAAUUAUUUUUUGAGGACUGCAAAAAACAGAGACAUCAAUUUCUCAAAUGUGAAACAAUUAGUAUCUUUGAUUAUGGUAAAGAGUUAUCUCGAUAUUUAUUGCUUUGUGGUUGCUAAAAAAAUGAUAAUUUCUAACAAAGAAAAUGAAAUAAUUAAUAAUAUAGGCACAAUUGUUUCUGAGUCAGACAUAGGCGACACUUUAAAAAUGCAUUGCCUUAAAAAAAUAUUAUUGAUUACAAAAUGUGAUCUAAGUACUUUCAUACAAGAGUAUCCUAAUCUGAUAUGAAUUAACCGUAUAAAAGAACUUGAUGAAGAAAAACAGCCACAAAUGAAGUUAAAUUUAGAAUCAUUUUUGGUUUUUCCUCGUAUAUCAGAAAUCUAUAAAAAUAACAUAAAAUGCCUAAGAAAUAUUUUGAAUAAAGUUGGUGACCAAAAUGAAAAUGAUAGAAUUCUUAACGAAAUUGAGAGUCCUGAACAAAAGCUCGCUUUAGGAAUUGCGUUUUUAAAUGAAAUCUUUUCAAUUUAUUCAAAAGAAAAAGAAAUGAACAAAAAUAUUAUUAUUUGGUUUAAUCUCAAAGAAGAUGCAAUUCGCACUACUUUAGGUCAAGAAUUUUAUCAACUAUUUUUCUGCUAUAUCAAUAAUUUUCCAGUUAAUUCUGACCUGAGACUCGAAGUAAAUACAUCAGAAUUAGAUUUACAUAGAAUUUUAACAAUUCUUGGGAUUUUUACAGUUGCGUUGUCAUAUAGCCAAAGGAGAAACCCAAUUUCUUCUCUUUUCUUUAAUGAAAACGGAACUAUAGAUAAUUUAAUUGAAAGAUUUAACAGCCGAUUUAUUUUUGGAGCAGAGCCUAACCCAUUGCAUAAGUAUACUCAAGAAAUUUAUGAUAAUUUCGAAUCCUUUAUAACUGAUACUUGGAGUAAAAAAUAUUCUAAAGGGAGCACCUACAAAUGUUCAAGCGAUUGUGAUUAUAUUUAUAUUGUAACAAAAUGUGGAGGCCCAACUCAGGAAUCUGAGUGUCCUUUCUGUGGUAGAAAAAUUGGAGGGACACGUCAUAAGCUGGUAGAAAGAGAAGGGCAUGUAAAUUUAUAUCAUAGAGAAGCAUAUGAUUUUAUUAAGAAUGCUGUCAUAAGACAUCGUAGAGAAGCAGAUGCAGGCUUAAAGUUCUUUGGAUCUCUAAUAGGAGAUAUCAGCUCAGUUAGAAACCUAAAACCAGCAAGCUACCUCGCUCAGCAUUUUGUUUUAAGCAGUGUUAUUUUUGCAUUAAAUCAAUUAGGAUCAAUUGAUAGCACAACUCUUGAAGUAUUAAUAAACCCUUCCCACUUGCAAGAAUCCGGCUAUGGGUGCUUAAGAAGAUCUGUAAAAUUAGACUAUGAAAAAUUACUUGAGUUAAGUGGCUCAAAUUCAGGCCAUUUAUGAGAGUAUAAGAUAAUAUCAAAUUUGGACGAGCUGCUAUCUGAGUGCGAUUUUGAUCCGCUUUCUUCUAAUAUGAGAGAUGUUUUUGAAAUACAAUUUGAAAAUAAAUUGAUUAUCCCAAAUCUCAACCCACAAAAUUCUAUUUUGGAAUAUUCAACACUUCUUAGAAAUCAUUAUGAAAUCCAAUAUUCUUUUAAAGACUAUGUAAAUGAAAUUAUCAGCUUAAAUAAUGAUAAAAAUUAUCCCUAUAUAGAAUUAUUCAGAACAAAAGACAAACCAUCACUGGAAAAUAUGCGAAAUCAGUUUUUAUUGAACCAAUCAGCAAAGGAGUUUAGAUUGAUUAGUAUUUAUUUAGAAAACUCUGAGGAAAUCGAGAAAAUAGAAUCUCUCUAUCCAAUAAUAGAAUUCACAAAUAAAUUGCUAGAUAUAUACAAUCAUAAAAUUCUUCGAAGUGAUGCAUUAAAUAUUACCAUUGGUGAAGCCAUAAAUAACCAUUCAGAGCUCCAGCCUCUAUUUAAAAAGUUUCUUGAAGCAUGGGAAGCUAAAGGAAUUGAUAAUCUUCACUAUGGCUGCAAAGAUUUGAGUCCAAUUAAUUUUGAUAUUAAAAGCCCACUUUCUUAUUUUCUUGUUGAUAAUAAAGCUUUAGGCGCUGGAAUGUACAUGGCUGCUGCCUUAAAUGAGUUAGCUGAAAUUCAAAAUAAGUAUCUCUCACAAAUAAAUUCAAUUAUUUCGAAUAACUCUAGGGAUAGAGAAGAACAAAAAAAGAUAACGGAAUAUCCGCUGCAAAAAUUAAGACAGCAAAAUAUAAUAUCUUUCCAUAUAGAUGAUAGUGAUUUGCUCAGGGUUUGCUCAUUCAGCAAUCCUAUAUAUGGAAAAGGUAGGGAAAUUAUAUAUGAUUUUGAAAGGAUGCAAAAAUUGUUGACUAAAAAACUGCUUUUGGCUAAAAUGAUUGAUACAACUAGACUUGAUUUAAUUCAAUAUCAAUUUGAGUUAUUAAACACCACAAGCGAAGAAUCAGGGCUUUUAUUAGAGAUUAAAGAAAUUAUCCCUCAAAAAGCAUUAGGUGCAGAAAGUUUGCAUAGCAUUGAAUUAUUUUUCACUCCUCCUUUUAAAAUUUAAAAGAGGGGUAAUAUAAAAAUUAAUAUUUAAAUUUUUCUCUAUAAAAUAAUUUUAUAAAAAUUAAAACAAUAUAAAUUGAGUUUAAUGCUUUAAAUUUAAUUUAUUUUUAUAAAGAAAUAAUUUACAAAAUUCAGUGUGAAAACUGUUUAAAUAGCAUUCUAAUUGCAUUUUAUCUACUAAAUUAGGUCAAAGCUAAUUUUAAAAACUAGUAUCUUCUUCUUUUAAUUCUAUUCUGUUUAAAUAUAACUUCACUAGUAUAUUGUCUAUUAAACUAAGUCUAAGCUAAUUUUAAAAUUUUUCUAUUGAAAACCAAAUUUGUUCCAAUUUAAAGGGGUUUAAAGUACUCAAAAAAUGCAAAUAUUACCAAUUUUUGAUCCAAUUUUAAAGGGAGGGAGUCAGUGAACUAGAAAUUAAAUUAAAUGAUGUGCUAUUUGAAAUCGGCUGAGGAUUUUCACCUUUAAAGCUCAUCCACCCUCUAAAAGCACACCGAUUGCCUAGCCUUAGACUAAAUCAUACCUUGCUUGCUCUAGGGCAAGUUUCACACAGAGCACCUGCUGCUUCCAGAGUCCCUAACUCGAUAGGGAUGAAACCUAAUCUUGAGGAUGAUUGCUGGCUGACUGGGCUCUUUCCAACUUCUAUAUCAUGAGGAAAAUCCUAUUUGCCAGAUAUCAUACCCUGCGGAAUGAGAAAAACUCUGCCCUAAUAAAUUAAGGAUGCCGCACUUAUAUCUUGACUCUCCUUUGCCUUUCAGGUGUUGAGGAAAUUGUUCCUUAAAUUCAGGUAGUCGUCUCUACCAUAUUAGGAUAUAUCAGUGAACUAGAAAGGAGUGCACGAAUGAAUUACUCUAUGGCGCUUAAGGAUAUUUAUACAUCUUUUAACUACGUAAUUUGCUAUCUUCGUUAUUCCAAAGGAAAAAAUGACUAUUCAAUUCGAGAUUUCUGCAAGGAGUUGAAUUCCUCAGGGAUUUCAACUCAUUUGAAGGACAGUACAAGGAUUUCAGAAAUUAAGCUCGAAUAUGUCAUUUCUUUAUAUCAGAUCGUUGAAGCAAGAUAUUUCCCAUUCACAAAAGGUUUUAUAAACCCCGAAUACAAGCAAGUUGAUAAGGCUAACCUUGUAGAAGCUUCUAUCGUAGAACUAAUCAAUAUGUGUGAUCAGCGUCCUCAGUUUUAUCCAACUAAAUUCCAAAUAGAAGACGCAUUAAUGAGGUUUAUAAUCCGAAAUUCUACUGCUGAUUUGCAGCCAGGUGAUAAGCUUAGCACUUAUAUUUCUAGAUAUGAUUUUUGGGACAUCAGUGUCGAACAAUGGAAAAUUGAUAGCCUAAGUGAAGUUUUUCCAAGUUUAAUCGAAAUUUCUCACUCAUUAAGAGCAUAUGAAUUCCUAUAUGCAAAAAAUCAUAAUAUUAUUACUAACAGAACAGAGACUUCACAGAUAAGGCAGGCUGCUGCAGCCAGAAGGAGAGUGCCAAGACAGCGUGAGUCUAUUAAUUGGGAUGAAGGUAGAGACUAA